AUGCGCAAGGAGAAAGGAUUCGACGAGAAUAAAGCGAAAGAAGAAGGCGCGAUAAAAGUCGGCGCAAUCGUCACCUCUUCGCGAGGGAAACACAAACGAAUCGUGUACUCGCAAGAGGAAGCGAGAUUGCGAACGGUGAAAGAUGUCAUCGAACAGAUGGUGGAAGCGGUGAAAACGAACCAGACGCUGAACUUGAACAACGCGAAGAAUAAAGCGGCGAAGAAAUACGGCGUGGAUGGGACGGUGAGACUGACUGAGAUCAUAUCUGCCGUGCCGGAGGAACACAAGAAGAGCUUGUUGCCGCAGUUGAGAGCGAAACCGGUGAGGACGGCGAGCGGCGUGGCGGUGGUCGCGGUGAUGUCCAAGCCGCAUAGGUGUCCGCACAUCGCGACGACGGGGAACGUGUGCGUGUAUUGCCCGGGCGGGCCGGAUUCGGAUUUUGAGUAUUCGACGCAAAGUUAUACCGGGUACGAGCCGACGAGUAUGCGCGCGAUUCGUGCGAGGUACGAUCCGUACGCGCAAGCGAGAGGGAGAGUCGAUCAGUUGGCCAGGUUAGGGCAUUCGACGGAUAAAGUUGAAUACGUGUUAAUGGGAGGGACGUUUAUGAGUUUACCAAUGGAUUAUAGGGAUUAUUUUAUUAGAAAUUUACACGAUGCGUUGAGUGGAGCGACGAGUUCGUCCGUGGAUGAAGCCGUGAGGAGUUCGGAACACGGGAAACACAGAUGCGUUGGGAUGACGAUUGAAACGAGGCCAGAUUAUUGUUUGGGACCGCACUUGAGGCAAAUGUUAAAGUACGGGUGCACGAGACUCGAAAUUGGUUUACAAUCGAUAUACGAGGAUGUUGCCAGAGACACAAACAGAGGACACACGGUGAAAGCAGUCAAUCGAUGUUUUCGCGAGGCGAAAGAUGCCGGGUUCAAAGUCGUCGCGCACAUGAUGCCAGAUUUACCGAACGUUGGCAUGGAGAGAGAUUACGAAUCGUUCUUAGAGGCUUUUGAGAACCCCGAGUUUCGCAUGGAUGGGUUGAAGUUAUAUCCAACCUUAGUAAUUCGAGGUACCGGUUUGUACGAGUUGUGGAGAAAUGGCUUUUACCGUUCGUAUUCGCCGGAAAAACUAGUCGAUUUAGUGGCGAGGAUUUUAGCGCUCGUGCCGCCUUGGACGAGAGUGUACAGAGUGCAAAGAGAUAUCCCCAUGCCGUUGGUGACUUCUGGUGUCGAAAAAGGAAACUUGCGCGAACUCGCUAUGGCUCGAAUGGCCGAAUUAGGAUUGAAAUGUCGCGAUGUUCGCGCUCGUGAGGUUGGAAUGCAAGACAUCCACAAUCGAGUGUCCCCGAAGGACAUAGAAUUAGUACGAAGAGAGUACACCGGGAACGGCGGGUGGGAAACGUUUUUAUCGUACGAAGACCCGAAACAAGAUAUUUUAGUCGGCUUGUUGCGUUUGCGUAAGUUGACCAAAAACGCUGGUAAGAACAACGUGGAAUUGAAAGGAGGGAAAGUUUCGAUGGUGCGCGAAUUACACGUCUACGGUUCCGCGGUGAAAGUAUCGACGCGAGAGGCUGGACGGUUUCAACACCGAGGCUACGGCGCGGCGUUGAUGAAUGAGGCCGAAAGAAUCGCGAGAGACGAGCACGGAUCGACAAAAAUGGCUGUCAUUUCCGGUGUCGGGACGAGAAAUUAUUACCGCAAGUUAGGAUAUGAGUUAGAAGGACCGUACAUGGUAAAAAACAUAGAUUGUGCAAUGUAA